AUGGAUUCAUCGAAUGAUUUUGAAACAUUAAUGGAUACCCUGAAAAAUGGUGUUGAUAACAACUGGAGUGCGAUUUUAUUAGUUUUAAUUGAUCCGACAUCGAUUUCCUUUUUAGAUGAUGAUUAUGAAUUUGAACUUGCAUUGGGACUAAUUCCAUUUGAACAAAGAGUCUGUAUAUUGAAUAAAAAAAAUAAUGCUGACAAAUACAAGGCGCUAAGUAAUAAAUUGUUACAGUUAUUUGGAUGUGGAAUGUUAUUAGAUUGGAAAGGAAGUGCUGAUGCUUCUUUUACUACAAACAAAUUUGGAAAACCAAGCGUGGAGAACGUUUCGUUUAAUAUGUCUAAUGGUAGGAACUUAGUGGGGAUGUAUGUCGUCAAUGCUGGUAACGUCGAUGUUGGUAUUGAUAUCGCUUCUUUUAGCGAUUACAAUACAGAACUGUUGAAUACAACUGAUGUGUUUGCCUUUGAAGAGAUUGCCUUGUUUGACGGAGUAGCUGGAAAUGAUCUUAGAAGACAACUAUUUGCCCACUUAUGGUCUUUGAAGGAAGCCUACAUCAAGUUUUUAGGAACGGGUUUAUCGUAUUACAAUGCACUUUCAACAUUGAAUUUUGCAGAAGAAUUGAAAAAUAUAUACUAUAUAAAGGAUAUUGAUAAAAAUGAAUUUGAAAAGGUGAUUGGUGGUAAAUCUCUAACGUUUACUAGUUAUAAUGCUUUAAAUAAUGAGGUCGUUUCUGUAUGUUCUGAAAAUGAACGUUCAGUCGAUAAUAAGAGACCAUCCCCGGUGGUAUAUAGCAUAAAUAUUAGGUGUGUAAUAGAUUACUUGGAUAAAUAG